AUGGAGAACACAUCCUCCGCCCAUGACCAAGGCGACCGCGUCCUGCCGCUCGGAAUGGAAGGGUUCGCCUAUGUUUUCACUUCUGGCACCGGAGAAGAGUAUGUCUACAUCCGUUAUCUCACUCAGGGGGCUCAGAGCACGGUUCAGCUUGUGCUGAGCACCCAAACUAACGAGAUUGUGGUGCAGAAGGUGUUUAAGAUUGCGGUUGACCCGCCGAAGGCCACUGCCAACCAGCCCGCAACCCCAAUGGGCGACCAUGCUGACCCGGAUCGCGAGGUCAUUAUAAUGCGGCAUUUGGCGGCUCUGCGAAAGAGCCCUGUCAACCCAGAAGCCGAAUGGCUCCAUCCUCGCUGGCCUGAAUUGAUAUCCAGCCAUGAUGCUCCCGUCUCGGUCGUCGAAAAGGGCGAAGCCAAGACAAUUCUCUCACGGGUCAGUUACUGGGGCCUCUGCAAUGGCGGCUCGCUGAUCGACUGGGUUCGCGCUCAGGCCGACAACAAUUACACGGAGCGGCCAUGCUUCCCCGUGAGCAUCGUGGCCCGUUGCAUCGGUCAGGUUUGUGAGACUCUCGAGUUCUUGUACACGGCCGGCGAGGAGCCCGUGUACCACUUUGAUCUGCAUCUUGCUAACAUUUUCAUCCAUUUCAGCUCCUAUACGCCCGACCUCCCGGACUUCUAUCUUGGAGACUUUGGCUCUGCUCGCAUUGCCAGUGAGUCCCUCGCUCACGAGGCAGCAAAGGACCGCCACAGAGGGGGUGACGAUGCGAUUCCUGGCCGCCGAGUUUGGGACACGGGGAUCUUCAUGGCCUCACUCUCCGAGUUCGUCUGGCGGCCCAUGUUCCACCAUCACCUUCAUCUCAACACGGAGCGAAGGGAGGACAUGCUAGGCCUUCGGGACCUAAUGUCGAAGGCCGCUUACCUCCAGUCAAAGGAGAAUACCGCGGCCCUCACAAACCCGCAUAGUCGGCCCCCCUCCCUGCUGGGGGUGAUCACAGCGGCGAAGGAGCUGGAGAAGAAGGCUCGCGACAUUGAGUUGACCAGCGACAAGGAGGCAUACGACAAGGCGGCUGCCGAAGAGGAUGCGCACAAGAAGAAGAUUGGCGGUCCAUGGACAAUUGUCCGGACAAUCUAG